AUGCCGCUUUCCAAACGAAAUUAUAAAAUUCUUCGCUCCUUGGCGAGGACGGUGGGGAAGCUGUGUCAGUUCUACGACGACAACCAGGUGUGGAAGAGUAUGUUGUCGAGCGCCUACAGAUAUGAAAAUGAAAAAUGCAACAAGUACAACGACUUUUUAAAGACAUAUUUAAGUGGCAGUGUACAUUACUGCCCCACAAAGUCGAGUAAGAAGAAAUUGCGAGGUGAACUGUUUAAAUAUUUGCGAGCUAAUUUGAAGAAUGGAGGGAAGGAACACACGGAGGAUGUAUUCCUUUUAGGUUUCACAGCCAUUCGGCAUCUUGGAAGGGUAAAAAAUUCUUUGCUUUUGGCUCUGUCUUCCACGGGGGAUCUACCCAUAACACAUAGGUACAACCACAGGGUGUGUGUACCCAGGGGGAAGAACAUAUGGCACAGUGAUGAGGAAAAGGAUAUGUUUAGAAGAAAUUUGCACGUGGUGAAUUUUGGCUCUGUGGAGCAGGAUGAGGUGCAUGGGGAAGGAUCAAGUGCACAGGGGAAGAAGCGCUCCGGGGCUUACAGGAAGGGGGAAUCAGGACAGCCUGAUGGGGGAAACACGGUUAGCCAAGUGGGUCGUUUGAGUGAAGCCAGUGGGGGUGGCGAGGCGGACAACAACGCGAGCAUCCCUGUUAAACGAAGCAAAAACAGCAUCGUCUUGAAGAGAGUGAAUCACAAGCAGGAAAUAAAAAAAGGGAUGAUCCUUGUCGCCCAUCCACUGACCAGUAGUACCUUGUGGAACAGGUCCAUCAUUCUAAUUACGCACAGGGACAAGAGCAACCUGGUGUGCGGUAUCAUAUUAAACAAGCACCCCUUGUACAAUAGCUACAUGGGGAUAACCAACGAGAAGGAAAUCGUGAAUAUAUUGAAUAAACUUUACUUGAAGAAGCAAAGUUUUCUCACCGAGUUGGGGGAAGCUAGCGGCGGGGCUAGCGGCGCAGCUAGUGGCGUAGCUAGUGACCCUGCUAGUGGCGCAGCUAGUGACCCUGCUAGUGGCGCUGCGAGUGGAGAGAGCCAAGUGGUGGCCGAUAGCAGCGGAAGUGGUGGUAGUGGAGAGGUGGCCAAAGCAACGACAGCCACCUGUCCGGUGGAGGAAGGGAAGCCCCCAAUUGACACCGCCCCAAUGGAUGCAAAUCGCGUACAAACAUCAGCAAGUAAGGACAACCAGCCGAGGAAGGAAGAAGAUGGUCUCGUUCUGUUACAAAAUCAGUGCAUAGCAAAGGAAGAAGAGCAAAAUGUUGUAGAAAAAAAAUAUCCUGUUCAAACGAGGAGGGAAUUGCGAUGUGAUCACCAAAGCAAUAAUGAUGAGUUUCCAACCCUAAAGGAUUUACAAGAAAUGUUUUUAAGGAUUCAGUUUAGGAGCUCUUCCAAGCACGACACCAACAGACAGAGGAAACAGAAGAAUGUUAUUGCCGGAGAUGGAAGCGCACUUGGUGUUCAUGGGACUAAGAAGAACAGUCUCUUCGUAAUGAUGGAUGAACAUUUACUUGACAUUAUUACACACUACAUUAUUAAACUGAACAAGGUCCCCAUUUACCUCAGGUUCCUCCCUUCCUACAACAUUGGAUCCAUCAUCGAUAUAAAAAAAGAAAUUAAAAAAUUACAAUUUUUAAAUGAAUUUUAUAAAAUUUAUUUUGAACAAUAUAACAAGUGGAAAGUGGUGGUGAUUAAUAAUCGUAUACAUAUAUUUGAUAAAGAGAAAAAAAAAAAAAAAAAAAAAAAAAAAUUCUCCAAUGUGAGGAGUGUACAUGACGUGGAUGACACUGGGUCUGUCGUCGCGACGGACGCGGUGGGCGAAGAGGGGGCGAUGGAAAAGGUGAAGAAGACACGCAAACUCACCGAGGAAGAGAUACAAAAGAUUCACAAAAAAAUUAAAAAAUUUCAGGAGACCAAUAUGUUGUGCGAUGAUGAAGUGGAGGAGGAGGAGGAGGACAAGGGGCGUAGUGGUGGAGGCGCAGAGGGGUGUGGAAAACGUAAGGACAAGCAAAAAGGGCAAAGAAGGAAGAGCGACGGAAGGAAAUCAGGAGCUGUGCAGCAGCCAAUGGGCUCAGAUGUGCAAGCGGACGACGACAACUACGUAGCGGACGAUAACUGCGUAGCCGGUGAAGACCAUUCUGCACGGCAGUAUGAAGAUUAUGAGGAGGAGGAGGAGGAGGACGACGACGACGACGAGGAUGAGGAAGAGGAUGAGGAAGAGGAGGAAGAAGACGAUGAUGAGGGGGAGGAAGAAGUGGACGUGGAAGAGGAGGAAGGCUACCAACAUGAAGAGGAAGAGAGUAGCGACAGAGACAGACUCGCCCAUGUACACAACACAACGAAACAGCAGGAGCAGGUGGACAGCGCCACCCAAGUCAGCAAAAGCAAAGUGGACUCCACCGCCAAUGGAAGCGAUGCAGGAAAAAAGAACCACUUGGAGAGGAACCCCUUGAGCUUCUUCUGGCUGGGAGGACCUCUACCUGGACUAACCAUUCUCCAUAAUAUAAAAAAAUUUUCCAAAAAUACAGUUGUAAAUGAUUUUAUAUAUGAGGGUUACAACGAAAAUGUGAAUUCGGUGAAUGCAUCCGACGUGCAUGAAGCGGACAGCAAUCCCCACUUAUUGGCCACCGAGGAUGUACCCCUGGAUGAAGCGAAAAAGGAGAACGCCUCCACCCAAGUGCACGACCUCAAUGAAGAGAAUCAACCAGAGAGAGCAACCUCCCCCCAUACGGAUCCCAUAUACUUGGAAGGGGAUAACAGCCACAAGGAGAAGACGGGGGAAGCCAGCGGUGAGGAAAACAAACUCGUUAAGAGGUUCAUCGGGAAGGCCACAUGGGACAUAAACCAACUGAGGGACGAACUGAACAAUGAUUACUGGAUUGCCCUCAACUGCCAUAGCAAGGAGUUGCUCUCGAGUAUUAUUUUUAACACGGCAGCAGGUGGUACGGCAGGAAGUGGCGCCGCAGCAAGCGCUAAGGAUGGAAGUGGCAAGGAUGGAAGUAGCACCCCUCCAAGUGUGUACAAGGGAGAGUUCUUGUGGGAGAAAAUCGUGGCCUCCAUAAGCAGCGAUUACGAAAGCAUAUCCAACAUUCCUCAAGGUGUGGUAGAUAGUGUGCUGCGUGAUUUCAGGGGCGCGGAGCGUGACUGA